ACCGUUCCUUUCAUCUUCCGUAUCUUCCAUCGUGGCCACCUCUGUUUAUAUUUAGAUCUUCAUUGCCACUGCUCCCUGUCAAGCAACUCGAUCAAAUCUUCAUCGCUAUCAAAUCUUCAAGAUCUUGGAGAAGGUAAAAUCUUCACCGCUCAAAUCUCCCUUUGAUCUUCGGAUUGAAAGGAAACGAGUUGAAAAUAGAAAGAAGAUGAAGAAAAUGAAGAAUUUGAUAAUUUUACGCUAGGAUAGCACCGCCGUUCUUUAAAACGUUCUCUGAGCUUUCUCUUCGCGUCCCGAAUCUCUGCAUCGAGCUGCAUCAACAUGGGUGCGUACACAUAUGUUUCGGAGCUAUGGAGGAAGAAGCAGUCCGAUGUGAUGAGGUUCAUUCUGAGGAUUAGGUGCUGGGAGUACCGCCAGCUUCCUUCGAUUGUGCGCAUCAGGAGGCCUACUCGUCCCGACAAGGCUCGCCGCCUUGGCUACAAGGCCAAGCAGGGGUAUGUUAUCUACCGUGUGCGUGUGAGGCGUGGGGGGAGAAAGAGACCUGUGCCCAAGGGUAUUGUGUAUGGGAAACCCACAAAUCAGGGUGUUACUCAGCUGAAGUUUCAGCGAAGCAAGCGCUCCGUUGCAGAGGAACGUGCUGGCAGGAAACUUGGUGGCCUCAGGGUUCUCAACUCUUACUGGAUCAAUGAGGACUCUACAUACAAGUACUACGAGGUAAUCUUGGUUGAUGUUGCCCACAAUGCAAUCCGUAACGAUCCUCGGAUCAACUGGCUCGUCAACCCGGUCCACAAGCACAGAGAGCUCCGCGGACUGACCUCAGCUGGAAAGAAGAAUAGGGGUCUCAAUGGCAAGGGACACAGGUUUCACAAGGCACGACCCUCUAGAAGGGCCACCUGGAAGAGGAACCAGACUCUUUCCCUCCGCCGCUACCGCUAAGAUUAAUAAAUACUGUCUUGCAGCUGCUCUUGCUCUGCUUGUCCUAUGGGAUUUUUUCACUUAUUUGCAAGAACAUCCUCUGUUGUGUCGCCCCUCUUGUUGAAACUUGAAUUUGGCUUAUCCUUCAUCAAAGUUUUGGCGUUGUACUCUUUUCUUUUGAGAUAUUUUCUGUUUGUUUCCAUUAUGCUGCUACUAGUACUUGAAAUGGAUCUUCGUUAUCAUGAGCUAACUCCAGGUUUGACUUUGGUUGAUUUAUUCACGUCCUCCAUAAUUAUUAAGGUCUCCUUGAAGUUAUUCAGCUCCCAAAGUCAGAUAUGUAGAGUUUUGAAUGGAUCUACCAAAACACCAUGGUAGAUGUAGAAGAGAGGGAGUGUGUGGUAGAUGACCUCAAGAUUGAUGAAGUAUGAAACCAAUUCCAUAUUGUUGGAUCAAUCCAUGUCUAUGGGAACAUGGUGGUUGAUACCUUGGGCUCCGUUUGGGAGUCGUUUCUUACAGUGUAUAUCAAUAGCUUUUUUGAAAUAUUAAAAAAGCUAAACUCUAGAU